AUGUCCAAAAGAAGAGCGUAUCCUCAGCCUCAGUAUGCCAGUACUCCCCAGGCUCCGGUGGCUCCACUCCAACCAGGAGUACCUGCGUACGGUGUCCCUCCCGUCAUUCCUGGUGUUCAGUCUCCACCUGUCCAACAACCUGGUGUCAACGCCAACUACUAUCAACCCGAUCAAUUGGCAUCGCAGUUCCAAGGCAUGAACGUCGGUGAUGCCCAGGCCCCAGCCGCCCAGGCUCCUGCUGUCAAUGGGCAGUACCAGUACGGGAACUACCAACAACCUGGUGCCAACCAACCGUACCAGCCCCAAACUGGUGGAUACAAUGCACCAGGGGCCGCCUACGGGGCCCCUGCCACUGGAUUCUCAGCAGGCACCGCGUACGGUGCUUCCACUAGCACGCCAAGUCUUCCGCUUAACGAGCUCUACUCGACAGACCUCAUCAGAGAAUUGCCUCCUUCAAUUAGCGAUUUGAGUUUACCUCCUCCUCCAAUCAUUAUUCCCCCUAAUGCCACUGUGGUCCCCGACUCGGAUUCUGCUAAUGCGUCGCCUGAUUUCUUGCGGUGUACAUUGAACGUGGUGCCGACCACCAACUCACUUUUGAAGAAAUCAAAGUUGCCUUUGGCUUUGGUGGUGAGACCUUACACCGCGUUACAUGAUUCGGAAGAAGAUGUAGCAGUAUCUGUGGAUACUGUCAUCAGCCGUUGUCGGAGGUGUAGGGCGUAUAUCAAUCCCUUCAUCACUUUGGCCGAUCAGGGAAGACGUUGGCGGUGUAACUUGUGUAAUCUCUUGAACGAUAUCCCCAUGGGAUUUACGUUUGACGAGUUGACCAAUACCUCCAAAAACUUCUACGACCGGCCCGAGUUGAACUACGCCGUCACUGAGUUUGUGGCUCCAAAAGAGUACCUUGCUCGUAGCCCACCUCCUUGUGUGUACUGUUUCUUGAUUGAUGUAUCUGCUGAUGCUGUCAAUAGUGGGUUGACGGCUACCGUCACGAGAACCAUCUUGGAGAGCUUGGACCGGAUCCCCAACACAAACAAAACCUCUCGUGUGGCGUUUAUUGGGGUGGACUCCAGCUUGCAUUACUUCAAGUUUGCUGAAGGUACUGAUGGAGUCGAAAUGUUGAUUGUGUCUGAUAUCGAUGAUCCUUUCUUGCCCUACCCAGACUCUUUGUUGGUGAACUUAGAAGAGAAUAGACCCGCAAUUGAAAAGUUGUUGUUGGACUUCCCCGGCUAUUUUGAAGGAACCGCUAACACUGGUUUGGCAUUGGGCCCAGCAUUGAAGAGUGGUCACAAGAUGAUUAGUUCCAUUGGUGGAAAGGUGAUUGCCUUUGCUGCCUCUUUGCCCAACAUUGGCGAAGGAAAAUUACUGGUGAGAGACGAAGAACAAUCGGGUAAACCAAAGGAAUCUCAAACCUUGUUGUCUGUUGCUGAUAAGUUCUAUAAAGCUUUUGCGGUUGAAUGUAAUUCUGCUCAAGUUACUGUCGACUUGUUUUUGACUUCUUCCAAGUACCAGGAUGUGGCUACGUUGUCUAAUUUGCCUCGUUAUACUGCGGGUCAGACACACUUCUACAGAGCUUGGUCAGCUGCCACGGCAGAAGAUGUUACGAAGUUUUCCAAGGAAGUUUCCGAACACUUGUCGAUGGAAAUUGCAUUAGAAGCGGUGUUGAGAGUUAGGUCUUCUUCCGGUGUUAGAGGAAGUGCAUUCUUCGGGAACUUUUUUAACAGAUCUUCCGACUUAUGCUCUUUCCCAACCUACCCCAGAGAUCAAAGUUAUGUGAUUGAAGUAUCCAUAGAAGAAACCAUCACCAAACCAUUGGUAUUUUUCCAGGCUGCCGUAUUACACUCCACUCAUUUUGGCGAAAGAAGAAUCAGAGUGAUUAACUUGGCCCUUCCUACUUCCAGUAAAUUGGACGACGUGUAUGCUUCUGCUGAUCAACUAGCUAUUGUGAACUACUUUACCCAAAAGGCAGUAGAAAAGGCCUUUAGUCACUCUUUGCAAGAUGCUAGAGAUUUGUUGAUUAAAUCGUUGGUGGAUAUCGUCAGUGUUUACAAGAAGGAGUUGGUUGCCGGCAACAUCUCUGGAUCCUCGCCUUUGCAAGUGUCCACAAACUUAAGAAUGUUGCCAUUAUUGUUGUUCUCAUUAACCAAACAUAUUGGAUUAAGAGCUGAAAAGGUUCCAGCCGAUUAUAGAGCUAUUGCAUUGAACAAUUUGGCCACUUUACCAGUCCACCAUUUGAUCAAAUACAUUUAUCCAUCGGUUUAUUCUUUGCACGAUAUGCCUGAUGGUUGUGGAUUGCCUGAACAGGUAACUCAAAUCAACGAAGAAACCGGUGAAGAAGAAACAGUUUCCUCGACCAACAUCUUAUUACCAGAAGCUAUAAAUGACUCUAAAACUAGCUGGGAAAACUAUGGUUUGUAUUUGAUUGAUAACACUACGGAAUUAUUCUUGUGGGUUUCAGGAGAUGUUGUACCUGGAUUGGUUCACGAUUUGUUUGGAACCGAAAACUUAUACACGAUUCCAUUUGGCAAGACUCAAUUACCAGAGUUUUCGUUUGAGGAAUCAGAGUUCAACUACAGAGUUCGUCAAAUCAUCGGCAAGUUGAGAGAACAAAAAGACCAAAUCACUUGGAAAAACUUGUAUGUGGUGGUUGGAGGAUCGUCCCAUGAACCGAUGGAGAUCACUACCCAGCGGGAUUUGAUGGCCUUGAGAAUGUGGGCUACUAGCUGUUUGGUCGAGGAUAAGACCGGAAGCGACCAAGCUUACAGAGAGUUUUUGAACACUUUAAAAGGCAAAGUUAGCCAAUAA